CGUCCCUGCAUUCAAGCUCUCCGGACUUUCACGCGAUAUCAUCAAAUUAUCUCCCGAAAGCCGACCCAUUUUCCAGAGUUACGACCGGUACUACAUUACAAGGGCCGUCCAAUCAUCCAGCAGGCGUACGCCAGAAGCACAAUGGCUACAGCCAUGGGAAAGCGCCUUGAGGGCAAGACAAUCCUAGUGACGGGCGCUUCGUCCGGAAUUGGGAAAAGCACCGCGUUGGAAUUCGCCCGUACAUCGCCCAAGAAUCUGAAGCUGAUCGUCACCGCGCGAAGGGUCGAUUCGUUGAAACAGCUUGCCGAAGACAUCAAGGCCGAAGUUGGCGAAGGUGUACAAGUUUUGCCGUAUCAAUUGGAUGUGAGCAAGCCCGAGGAGAUCGAGAGAUUCGUAGACUCGUUGCCUGCUGAGUUCCGCGAUAUUGAUGUGUUGGUGAACAACGCAGGCCUUGUCAGAGGCGUUGCGAAAGCUCCCGAGAUCGACACUGAGGAUAUCAAGAUAAUGUUCGACACGAACGUUACCGGAUUGAUAAACAUGACUCAGGCCAUAUUACCAAUUUUCAAGGAGCGUCCCAAUGGCGGUCGAGGAGAUAUCAUCAACAUCGGAAGUAUUGCUGGCCGAGAAGCGUAUCCCGGAGGCAGCAUUUAUUGCGCAACAAAGGCUGCGGUCCGCAGUUUCACAGAUGCUCUUCGGAAGGAGCUCAUAGCAACAAGAAUCAGAGUUAUCGAGAUUGACCCUGGCCAGGUGGAGACUGAAUUCUCUGUCGUUCGAUUCUACGGUGACAAAUCUAAGGCCGAUGCCGUUUAUGCUGGAUGCGACCCCCUCACGCCAGAUGACAUCGCCGAGGUUGUCGUCUUCACGGCUGGGCGGCCGGAGAAUGUGGUCAUUGCGGACACACUCAUCUACCCACAACACCAGGGCUCCCCAACCGCCUUGCACCGCCGCUCAUAGAAGAUAAAACAUUUCCGAGCACGCCUAGUCCUUGCCCCUCCCUUGUAUAUGGUCUGAGGAGCGGGCUUGUUGUUUGAACCACCCGAAACACAUAGAAAGGAAGGCCAUCCAUGAUGCAAAUAGGUCUAGAAUCCUUAGAC